AACGACCUCAUGCAAACGUCGACCGAGCCAUCUUUCAUCAGGCCCAUCGACUUCAUCCUAGUGCUUGAAGUGAAAGACAUUUGCCUUGCCGUUUCCAUCAUCUUCAUCUGGCGCAUCUUAGCGGCAGCAACACGCGAUACGUGGUCGUCCCAUCUCUCGCACCCUUACGCCUCCACUCUUAACUUCUCAACCUGCCAACCUCGAAUUUGUUACUUCUCAGCACAAUCAUGGCGCCAGCGGCUGUACCUGAGCCGUCGUUCAAAAAAGAUGAAAAAGUGUACUGCUUUCAUCACGAGCUGCUCUAUGAAGCAAAAGUGCUUGAACUGAGGCCUGUUGAAGGCGAUGAAAAGAAGAAUGGCUUCGAGUACAGAGUGCAUUACAAGGGCUGGAAGAACACCUGGGACGAUUGGGUUCCUGAAGAUCGGCUUCGCAAGCUUUCGCCCGAGAAUCGGGAGCUGGCUAACAACCUGAGACACGAAAUGCUGGCUGCUCAACGCGCCGCACGAGCUCAACCUGCACCUACUAAGAAGAAGACUCAAGGAUCAACUCGCGGCAGCGAAGAACGCCAAACUUCCGUUACUGCUGCGCCUCGUGGUCAGAAGAGGGUCCGCGACAACGACCUCGAAAAGGAAGAAUCUUUCCAGAACAAGCUAGCUGUCAGGAUCUACAUGCCGGACAGACUGAAGAGUCUCCUGGUCGACGACUGGGAGAACAUUACCAGGAACUUGCAGCUUGUGCAGCUACCUUCAGCUCACCCCGCCGGCAUUAUUCUUGAUGAGUAUCAGAAGCACGCCAUCGAGACUGGAAGCCGCACUCGCAUGGAGCGUGACAUUCUUGAAGAGGUCAUCGCAGGUGUGAAAGAGUACUUCAAUAAGUGUGUCGGUCGCCUACUUUUGUACCGCUUUGAGCGCGAGCAGUUCUAUGACAUUUGGACGCGUACUCAACAACCUACCGACGACCUCGCUGGCAAGCCACUUUGUGACAUCUACGGUGGCGAGCAUCUCCUACGUCUUCUAGUCACCAUGCCUGAGCUCAUUGCGCAAACCAACAUGGACCACCAGGCAGUCACGCGCUUGCGCGGAGGAACUUAGUCAGAUGACUACCUGGCUGGCCAAGGACUCUCAGAUCAACACUUUCUUUGUGCCCGCUUAUGAGAGCCCGGGACAGGCGUACAUUGACAAGGUCAAGUCUAGCACCUAGAAGAUUAGCUUUUCCAAGGAGGACUCUUUCAGUUCUGAGAACUUCAACGGGGUAGAUGUCGAUUGACAGGACAUCCGACCGGCAGCGUGUGAAUCAACGACAGCUUUCAUUUUUCUUCGUACCACUACUUCCUGCAUGGCCAAGGGUCUUGGGACAUUGCUUCGAAUGGCGCAUCGGCGUUGUAAUCAAGAUGGCUCAAAAUACGAGCUUUCCGUGUGUGGGUAAUUGGAGUCAUGCUAUCAGAAUGCAAUCAUAGUAAUACAGGAUUCUAUUGCCC